UCAUAAAUGAAAAUAAUUACACCAUGGUAUUCCUAUCCAUCUUCAUAAGUCAUAAUAUGUUAUCUUCUCAUCUUUCACAGUCUUUCUUUCUUUAAUGUAGUCCGCAAGCAAUCAAGUAGCAAAGUGACGGGAAGGUUGGUCCAAUAGUUAUAAUAUCUAUGUACUUUCCAUAUGUUUUAUUUUUUAAUUAUUGAUAUUCAAGAUUGAGGUAUUGUACUGUGUGUAUAAUUUUUCAAUAUAUAUUCACAAAAGUAGUUGAUUAUUUUUUGUUCAUCCACUGAAAAUGACAGACUGGGACGAGGUUAAAAGGUUGGCAGCUGAUUUUCAAAAAGUUCAACUCAGUUCCACUACUCAAAGGUUAUCCGAAAGGAAUUGUAUUGAAAUAGUAUCAUGGCUUUUGGACAGAAAAAUGAUCGACCUUAUUUUUACAAGCGACGGCAAGGAAUACCUUACACCUUCUCAACUCGUUAGUGACAUCCGAGGUGAACUCUAUGAUAAUGGAGGUCGAAUAAACUUGGUUGAUUUAGCCAAAACGAUCGGAGUUGAUUUGGCCCACAUAAAUUCUCACCUGAAUGAUGUUUUAAAAGGACACAAAGAUAUUCAGGCUGUAUUGGGACAACUUAUAGAUAUUUCUUAUAUUACAAGAAUUGCUGCAGAGAUCAAUGAGAAGCUGUCUCAACAAGGACAGAUAAAUGUCAGUGAUUUAACAAUUCUGUAUGACUUGCCUGCAGAUUUUUUGCAACACCAAGUUCUCGAAAAGAAUUUGGGAAAGCUCAUUUUUGGAAAACAGGAUAAAAAUGAUCCUAAGGAAUUUUUCACAGAAUCAUUUAUUGCAAGAAGUAAAGCCAAAAUAAAAGGUGCUUUGACAGGAUUAACGAGGCCCACACCUGUGUCAGUGAUAGUGAAUCAUAUUGGUUUGAGCGAGAAGAUAUUUUUCAGUCUUUUUGAGCAAUCAGCAAUGUACGGGUCUCUAACUGGAAAACUAGCCGGAGCACAGUAUAUUCCCAAUAUUUAUGCAAAGUCUCAGAACGAAUGGGUGAACCACUUUUACAGACAAAAUGGCUAUAUUGAAUUUGAUGCUUUAAGUCGUAUAGGCAUAUCUGAUCACAAAAACUAUUUGAAGAAACAACUUUCCAAUGAAGAUUAUAAAACGUUGGACUCUUGUAUAGUGUCUAAGAGUAUUUUGGAAAGAAUUGAAGCAGAUAUCGAUGAAUGCAUUGCCAGCAAGUCGUUCAUUGACUUGCAAACCAAUUUACCAUCAGUUUUCAAUGAAACCGACGAGCAAAUGGUGCUGGACACAAUUUUGAGCAAUCAGAAACGUUCUCAAACAAUUGCCAUCAACAGUUUUGUGAUAAGUAAGGCAUUUGUUGAUGGACUUUUGAAAGAGUGUGAUGAUUUAGUAAAAGAAAAAUCUAAGGAAACGGUAGAAUUAGGAAAGUAUCAGCAGUAUCAGAUAAGUUUGCAAGCAGCAUCUAUAAAAUUUCAAAAAUCAGAUGAGAUAGUAGAAAAAGUGGACAAGAGAGAGGAAAGGAGAAAGAAAGCCGCUGGAGGAAAAAGUGGUGGAGGAACACAAGGGCGAGAGACCAAAACAAAGUCUACCAAGAAGGCAUCUCGAGCAGGAAACAGAAAUAAUUCUGAGAGCGACAGUGUUGACUUCGAGGAAAAACGAGCUGCCCUGGAAGUAGUUAGUUUUGACGACGUGAAGGGAGUCAUAUUACCAAUCUUAGAAAACGAGGCUUUAGACGAAGAGAUAAUUGAACUACUUAUAAGACAUCUGCUUCCCAAACUGAAUGAAAAUGGUCUUGAAUUGGCUGCCAACAUUUAUGCAACCACCGUAUCAGAUCGAACGGCUAACAGAAGACAAACACACAAUGAACUGCAAAAUAAACUCAACACCCUGGUGGGAGAUGUGAGACUAUAUGAAAAAGGAUUGAAACUACUUCCCCAAGACUUGCAGGGUCAACUGUCAAAGUAUCUUCUCAAAACUGUUUGUACAGAUAUCGUAAAUGAAAUAUUGAAUUAUGUGGCAGCAGAACAGAAUUCCAAUGUAGUUACCAAUAACUUCAACAAUGAUCAGAGAUUGAAGUUUGUCAAUGAGUUGGCGCCUGAAUAUAGAACUUCACUUCAACCACUGGUCAAAUCUUUGACAGGACAAAGCAUUGACGAGUUUAUGAUAGCGGUGGAAAGUGGUUUGACUUCUUGUAGUAUGAUACUAAAAAAAAUUGACAAGAAAAAGGAUAGAACUGUUGUUCUCAACCACAAAUAUCAGCUUUUAGAAGAGUUGAAUAAGUGUGAGGAUGUGGCCUUGGUUCUACAUUUGGCGACGAUUGUUAUAUUCACUACUGCUACCCAGUGCAUGCUCCAUUUCAGUGGAAAACAUUUGAUGGGUGUUCUUUCAUUUUUGAAGCAAUAUUUGAAUGAAGAACAGGCACUGGAAAUGGGUGCUUAUCAUGAUUUUGUUACUUUGAUGUUGAGUGGGGGUUCAGAAUCAGAAAGUGCUAAAGAGAAAUUGAAAGAGAGAAUGUCCAUUAUAAAAGCGAUUGCAAAUGAUUUCAAGAAACCUGGAAGUGAAAAGUCAUGAAUUUAAAAUUUUAGUUUUUUUUGCAUAUGAAAUAAUUUAAAUUGAUUGUAAAUAAAUUGAAGGAAAUUCGGUACAUA